UAGCGGCAAAGCGCUGAGUACUGUUUCCUGUUCAUCUCCAAUACAGUAUGAUUUCCUGCUUUUAACUAUGAAGAAUCGCGCUGCCAAAGCAUGUGACCCGGUAGCUGCCACAGUUUUGCCGACGGUAUCAUCACAGCAGCGGUGUUUUUAUCACAGCUAACCGCGGUGAAGUUUGUUGAAGGCCGCCGAGCUGCGGCAGCCACAAUGUACGGCUGUGUUUUUUUGGCACUGCUCGCCUCUCUGCACACCUGUGAUGGGGGGCUGGCCUUUGCCUCUUACUAUGGAGACAACAUGGUGCUGCAGAAGGCUCCAGAGAGAGCGGUGUUGUGGGGCUACGGGCCUGAAGGGGCACAGGUCACGUUGUGGCUGUCAGGACCCAAACGACAGAAAACUCCACCAGUCACGGUGACAAAAGGCAUCUGGCGAGUCACCCUUGACCCUGUUGAAGCUGGAGGUCCCUACAAUGUGACCGCUAUCCUUCAGUCCAGCACAGUCAAUCUAACUAAUGUGCUGUUUGGAGAUGUUUGGCUGUGUGGAGGGCAAAGCAACAUGGCUUUCGAAAUGUUCAAGAUUUUCAAUGCAUCAAAGGAGAUUAGCAAUGCAGCCAAUUACACUCAGGUACGGAUUUUUAUGGCAGCAAUGAGGGAACGUGAAACUGAAUUGAUUGACUUGGAACAAGUGGAAGUGCCCUGGUCCACGGCCGCAUCAAAGCAAUUGGCCAAUUUCUCUGCUGUGUGCUGGCUCUUUGGCCGUAACAUGUAUGACAACCUGAAAUACCCGAUUGGUCUGGUGGAGUCCUGUUGGGGCGGCACAUCUGUUGAAGCUUGGUCCUCCUCCAGAGCACUGCAGCAUUGUGGGCUGCAGGACAAUACAGAUACAGAUGAAGAUGAAGCUGAAAAUGGUCCUAGUGCUAACUCCGUCCUGUGGAAUUCAAUGAUCCACCCGCUGCUUAACAUGACCUUGAAAGGAGCCAUCUGGUACCAAGGUGAGAAAAAUGCAGAUUAUCAUCCAGACAAGUACAACUGUUCCUUCCCUGCCAUGAUUGAUGACUGGAGGUUCGCUUUCCACCAGGGGUCAGGAGGGCAGACGGCACCAGACUUCCCUUUUGGAUUUGUCCAGCUCUGCACCUACAAGAAAGGCUCCACAGAUGACGGCUUCCCUAACAUCCGCUGGCACCAAACAGCGGACGUUGGCUUUGUUCCCAACCGCAGGAUGAAGAGAACCUUCAUGGCUGUGUCUCUGGACCUGCCAGAUGAUCAUUCACCGUAUGGCACCAUCCAUCCCCGAGACAAGCAGGACGUAGCCUACAGACUGACGCUGGGAGCGAGAGCAGUGGCGUAUCAAGAGAAGGAUGUACACUUCCGUGGGCCUUUUCCUGGCCAAAUUCUGACCACUGAGGCGUCUCUCAACAUCACCUACGACCAGACAGUUUCUGUGACCUCAUCUAAUGACAUCUUUGAGAUCUGUUGCUCAGAGGCUACAGCUCCAUGUGGCCCUCAGUCCACCUGGGUUCCAGCUCCCAUCAUAAACUGGGGUCCCGCCAGUGUCCAGGUGUCCACCAGUUAUUGUCAACCCAUGAGCAAAGUAGCUGCCCUUCGGUAUGCAUGGAAAGAUUGGCCAUGUGACUUUAAAUCCUGUCCAGUCUACAGUGCUAGGGGAGAUUUGCCUGCACCUCCUUUUCAAGUCAACCGCUGGCCUGGCAACACACCUUGAUCCCAGGACUUCCUGUCACACAAUAGUGGCCAAAAACACACUGCCUCUGUGUGGUGCUGUUAGAAUAAGGUGGCUUUACAUUUUUAUUCACAGGUUCUGGGUUUUCAGUGUCUGCACAAGAAUAUUUCUAUCUACUGUGAAUGUACGUUUUACAGGGUGGCCUCAUUUUUCAUCGACCAUGUGUCAUACCUCCAUGCCCAAGUCUGUUACCUUUAUUUUCUGAUCACAGUGGGAAAUUAACACUCUUAACUCUUGGCUAGAGUUGGAAAGUUUUCCUGCUUUAUCAGUCACUUUGGCAGGACGCCUACAUCAUUUGAGGAUUCUUUGCCACUCUAAAAUUCACUUUUCUUGUAACAUAAUCAAAGUGCCUGGUGGAGGCUAGAAUCCAUCUGCCACACUGGCAGAUGGGUAUAAUUUUUUUAUUCAUUUUUUUUGCCUCUUGUCCAACAUGUCCUGUGGUAUUUAGUCUAAUCAAGGGCAAAAAGGGAUGCUGUUCCAGAUUUUGAUGUUUACAAUAACAUUAUAUCUUAAGAAGUUGCAUAAUUUCAUAAAUAAAUGAAAUUCACUAAAA